AUGUGGAGACAAAGCUUCUCAGUAGACCCCAAUGCCCCCUACAACGGCGAAAGAAGAGGCACCAUCUUCCAACGAGCAGGUUCCGUCUUCCAGGACACUUUGCAAAACGUUCGCAAGAAGGUCCGCAGAAGCAGUAUGUGGGACGUCUAUGAGAAUGCCAAAAAGCGACAACUCGAGAUUCGAAGAAAGCGAUGGGUGCAGAUCGUCUUCGAGUAUUCUUUCUACUUUAUGCUUAUUGUCCUUCUCUAUUUCCUCAUCAUUGGAGUACCCCUCUGGAAGGGAACUUACUGGGAGCUCUACUUGGCUUUCAAGUACAAGCUCAAUGCUACUGGAACCUGGUCUGUCGUCAUCGCUGUUGCCGUUGCCUAUGCUUACUCGCCCCUCUUUGUCUUGUUCGAGCCUGAUCCGCCAAUGCCCGCGGAGCCGUUCGAUCCUACCCAAACUCCUAAUGUUGCUGACACUGCUUUGAUGAUUCCUUGUUACAAGGCUGCUAGUCUCAUUGGCGCAACGCUGGAAGCCGCCACGAAAGUCUUUCCGCCAUCGCACAUCUUCGUCGUUGCCAAUGGUAACAGCCCUACCCCUCUUGACGACACUGAAGAGGUCUGUCGUCCUUAUGGUGUCAACCACAUUUGGAGUCCCGUCGGUUCCAAGAUUGUCGCACAAUUCGUCGGCUGUUAUGCUGCAAAGGAUUUCAAGAACGUUCUACUUAUCGACGACGACUGCGCUCUGCCUCCCAACUUCCCCAUCGUCUCCGACAGACUCAAGGGGAAGGUCAUGUGUAUGGGCUACACCAUCAAGUCUGUUGGUCCACUUUCUUCCAAGGGAACGCUCUGUCAGCAAGCACAAGAUUUGGAAUACAAGAUUUCUGGUAUCCAACGUGCACUUGCUGGUAAGAUUGGUUCGGCCACUUUCCCUCAUGGUGCCAUCUCCCUCUGGGACAGAGAGUUCCUCAUCAAGACUUUCAGCAAGCAUCCUGGAUUCAGUGUGUCUGAGGACUGGUUCUUCGGACACGUUGCUCGCCAACUCGGAUGCCGUACACAGAUGGCCACUUCUGUCUUCAUCGAGACUGAAACUCCUCCUGCCGUCUUCUUCAGCUCUGGCGGCUCCAGAGGCGGUUUUGGUGAGAUGACAGUCUUCAAGCAGCGUUUCUUGCGUUGGAACUUCUUCUUCGUCAACGGAAUGUACUACAACCUGCACUACAUCCUAUUCUCAUGGGAACUUGGCUGGUGGGAGCUUGGUACAAAACUGUUCGUCUUCCAAGAGAUUUACGAGACGCUCCUCUACCUCGCCACACCCAUCGUCGUUCCUGUCUCUCUCGUCGUCCGCCCUCAAUUUUUCUUCGAACUCAUGGCUCUUACCUUCGUGCUUUAUAUGGGCAAUGCUGUCAUCUUCAAUGAGAUCCACCUCCGUCGCAAAAACGAAAAGGUGCCUUGGAAGUGUGUCUGGCUCUAUUAUAUGCCCUACAAGCUUGUCUUGACCUUUGUCAACGUCGCAAGUUGCUACUAUGCUAUCUACAAGUACGCCACCUACUUCGCCAACCGUCACCCCAAGAUCAUCGAAGACGACAAGGCCGUCAACGUUGUUCUGCAGCUCGAGGAAGAG